AUGUCACAGGGUGCUGGGGGCAGCAGCAGCCUCCUCCUCCUCGCCGGGCUCCUCUUGGCGCUGGGGCCAUCCCCGACAUCGUCCAUCCACGUGUACACGCAGCGGGAGGUGUACGGCACCGUCGGCUCCCACGUCACCCUCUCCUGCAGCUUCUGGUCCAGCGAGUGGAUCUCCGAGGACAUCUCCAUCACCUGGCACUUCCAAGCUGAGGGGUCUCGCGACAGCACCUCUAUAUUCCACUAUGCCAAGGGACAGCCCUACAUCGAUGACGUGGGCAGCUUCAAGGAACGGAUGGAGUGGGUGGGCAACCCCCACCGCAAGGACGGCUCCAUCGUCAUCCACAAUCUGGACUACACCGACAAUGGCACCUUCACCUGCGAUGUCAAGAACCCCCCUGACAUUGUGGGCAAGUCCUCCCAGGUCACACUCUACGUCUUUGAGAAAGUGCCCACCCGCUACGGCGUCGUGCUGGGCUCCAUCAUCGGCGGGGCUCUGCUGCUGGUGGCCGUGGUGGUGGCCCUUGUCUAUCUCAUCCGCUACUGCUGGCUGCGGCGGCAGGCAGCCCUGCAGCGACGGCUAAGUGCCAUGGAGAAGGGGAAGCUGCAGCGAUCGGCCAAGGACACAUCCAAGCGCAGCCGGCAGGCACCCGUGCUCUACGCCAUGCUGGACCACAGCCGCGGCACCAAGGCGGUGAGCGAGAAGAAAGCCAAGGGAGCCCCGGGAGAUGCCCGCAAGGAUAAGAAAUAG